AUCAUGCCUGUCUGCAGGAGCAUGGCAAGCUUCCCUUCGAUUGCACAAUGGCCUGACCAUGAGUUCAAGUGGCCGUCAAUUGUCUCUUGCGAGAUGUUGCAGCAAGAGAUUGCAAGGCAGAGGAAACGAUGCAUGGAAGGGAAGCGCAAUGGGGUCGAAAAUACCUUUGACAGCUGGUGUCUGAAGGACAAUGCAUUGGACAAUUUGGAGACAGCGUUGAGAAUAUGUCCCCUUCCCAAGGAUUACAUGCAAAAUUUGAUGAGUGUAGAGAAAAGGAUCUUUAAAAAUUCGGACAUUACCAUCGAUCGCAAAUUGCUGCUUUUGAUUGCAUUCAUGCACGUUUCAUGGUUGAAAAGGGGAACUGGUCGUGUUCGCAAACUGCGAGACAUUGAUAGUGUCCGUGUUGAUCGAGAGCGGAUCUCAGAUGCAUUGUUCAUGGAUUCUCCCCUCAUACACCAAGGAAACGGAGGCCUUGAAUUCUUGGGAGAUGCGAUCCUAAAGAUGUCAAUCAGCUACGGCAUAAUGAAAGAGUCACCAGAAGGGAAGCUGAAAGACACUAGUAUUCGUCGUAGUAUGCUCGAGAACAACGAGGCUGCCCGCUGGAACAAAGCUUUGUAUCAGUUUUCAGCCAAUUGUGCUGAAGCUCUUGUCGCGGUUGUGGCAUUAGAUUCUCCAAGUUGGAAAGAGAAGCAUGGAAAGGACUGGGAUCCAAUCUCAGAGCUGCAGAAAGUGAUGCAGAAGAGAUUCCAGGAGGAGCCUGAGUAUAAAGUGCUCAAGGAGAUCUCCCAAAACAAUAACACUGCUGACAUGCAGUUCGUGGUCGGAGUCUUCAUGUCAGGAGGAAAUUUGUUGGGAGUGGGGCAAGCAAGGAGCAAAGCUGCUGCGAGGCGACAAGCUGCAUCCACUGCCCUGAGCAAAAUGACGACCAACGGGAGUUGA